UGCUGCCCGAGAAGAUGUCUCUCUGUGCCUAUCCUCAAGUUCGGAUCUAUGAAGACUUUGACAAAAUGAGUGCCAAGGAAGUCUACUAUAACGAGGCGGGCAAGAAAAUCACCGUGAAGCUAUUACAUUUCCCUGAGGUGCCACCUGAGGAGAUCAACAAAAUGACGUUCGAAGAGGAGGAACAAAAGCAACAAGAGAUUAUAAAUGGCAACAAGCCGAUAAUGGAUAAAAACAAAGCCAAGAAGGCGAACAACAAAUCAAUCGCAAAUGACGAAGAAGAAGAAGAGGAGGAGGAGGAUUUGAAUAAUGAAACCACCGUGGAGGACGAAGACGACGAUGAAAAAGAAGCCGAUGAGGCAGAGGAGCCGAAAAUCUCAGAUACGGAUAAAAAACAUCCCUCCUCCCCAUUGCCCACAAAGAAAACUUUGCGGAAAAAAUCUUCGGGAAAUUUGCUGCAUGGUCGUAAGGUUAGCAUGGCAUUUGCCCAGGCCCAUGGUAUGCCUACAGUGGCCUCGACGGCUCCAUCCACUACGGGUGCUAUACCCAAAACACCUCCGCCCACACCAACCAUAAUGAUACCGCCCAAAGGCUUGUUUGAGUCCACCGAAACGAUUGCCACCCUGCGCAAACAUUCGCUAAUGAAUCGCCGUUCACCCUCACCGCAUGGUGCCAAUAAUUUGUGUCCUGGCUAUGCCCAGUAUUCGAAGUCAUUUUUGGAAGUACCCCUGCCCAGGGAUUAUGGUUAUGCCUCAAGUGAUGAUUUAAGUUCGGAAUGGGAUUCCGAUGUACCCACACCGAAUAGUCAGGUUAAAAAGCCUUCCGGUUGGCGUAAAAUCCGCAACAUAGUACAAUGGACACCAUUCUUUCAAACCUACAAAAAGCAACGUUAUCCCUGGGUCCAGCUGGCCGGACAUCAAGGCAAUUUCAAGGCCGGCACCGAACAGGGUACCGUUCUAAAGAAAUUAUGUCCCAAGGAGGAGGAUUGUUUUCAUAUACUCAUGAAGGAUGUACUGAGGCCAUAUGUACCAGAGUAUAAGGGUCAGGUGACCAGUGAGGAUGGUGAAUUAUAUCUGCAGCUGCAGGACCUCUUGAGCGAUUUCUAUCAGCCCUGUGUCAUGGACUGUAAAAUCGGGGUACGUACUUACCUGGAAGAGGAGCUGUCCAAGGCCAAGGAAAAGCCCAAGCUACGCAAGGAUAUGUAUGAGAAAAUGAUACAAAUUGAUCCGAAUGCGCCCAGUGAAGAGGAACACAAGGCCAAGGGUGUUACUAAGCCACGCUAUAUGGUGUGGCGGGAGACUAUAUCGAGUACGGCCACAUUGGGUUUUAGGAUUGAGGGUAUCAAGAAAAGUGAUGGCACCAGCACCAAGGAUUUCAAGACCACAAAGUCACGCGAUCAAAUAAAGGCGGCCUUCAAGGAGUUCGUAAGCGGUUUUCCACAUGCUAUGCCCCGUUAUUUACAACGAUUACGUGCUAUUCGUGCCACCCUAGAAUGUUCCGAUUUCUUCCGCAGCCACGAAGUCAUCGGCAGCUCUUUACUCUUUGUACACGAUCGCAAACAGGCCAAUGUUUGGUUAAUAGAUUUUGCCAAAACUGUACAACUGCCGGAGAAUCAUUUCAUAAAUCAUAAUACCACCUGGAAGGUGGGUAACCAUGAAGAUGGUUAUCUCAUCGGUAUAAAUAAUCUCAUUGAAAUUUAUACGGAAUUAGAAAUGGAAUUGAAUACGAGCGGGAGUAUAGGUGAAACAUCUAAUUCGAAUUCGUUGUCACCCUCAUCACAGGGUUCAUCGCCGAUCUCAUUGUCACCGAAGAGAUCGAUGAGUGAAACUAAUGUGGAAGUGGGGGAAAGGGAGGAGGAGGAAUGUAGGGGAGCUGCAUCGGCGGCUGCAACACCGGUCAACGAAAUUCUAAAGGCCGAGGAGGAGGGGGAAAUCAUAAAUGUGGAUCGUCAGCUGGCUGGUGGAGAUUUUCGUCGAGAUUCAGAAGAUUCUGUUGAGCAGAAGAACUUAAAAUAG